AGAGCCCACGGUAUCCAGGCUACCCGAGGUGGUCCUGCGGCAUGCGAGACCCCUCAACGUUGCAUGGAUGGUUGAGGGUCACUGCCUUUGAGGGUCAACAGAAACUCUUUGGCACACCACUGUCUUGGUUUGUAUGGUCAUAAAAACACAUGCGUUUCUUUGCAAGCUUGAAGAAUAACUUAUUAAGGAGGUAGAACCUCUAAAGCAUUUGACUGGGCUGAAGGCGUUUUCUUGUAAUUCCCAUUGUUAAUUAAGCUUAAUGUUGGUUCGUUAUAACAAACGAAUGAAGCUGUGAAUGAUGAGAAUGAAGCUGUGAAACCUUUAAAGGAAAAGCUCUUUUGACCGAGAAGUGAAAUACACAACGACAUGAAAUGGCAGACCAGAAGGGUAAUAAAAAGUUAAUAUAGCAAACAUUUCAUGCCUGUUAUCAAAUUUGAUCUAAACUAUAGGUUGUAAAUAUUAGCUUUUCAGUAACUUGGCUUCUGUAUACAUGACUAGUGAACUUCCUGGUUUCAAGGAAGCAGUUCUCUGUAAUUUGGGAAUUGACUCAGACUAAAGGGAAUUGAAAUAAUGUCAUGAACUGUGAAACGCCGGAUUGUAAAUAUCCUGGCCAACUGGUAGAGUGCAGGAGAUGAUUGUGAAGAAACGUGUCAGCUAUGCUAAAAGGCAGGAUUCAUCUCCUGUCUUUUUGUUUAUUUUUGAUCCUCUAUUACAAGCCCUGAAUCUGUGUAAUAUUUCAAAUGACAUAGGACCUGUCCAGGUAUGACUUGUUGGCUGCUCAGGUCAUUAAAAUAACUUGGUUGACACCUUCUGGAAAUUAAGCACCUUCUUCAAGCAGAGUAGCUCUAUGUCUAAACAGCUCCAUGUUUGUUGUUCUGGUCCCCAACUCUGAAUAACUUCUAAUGCAAAUUAGAUUGAACUCAGGGAGAUCCGGAGCUUGCUGUCAAAGGCUAGCCUUCUCUUUAUGUUAAAAUUUAAAACUGUAUGGGUGUAAGUCUGAGUUAAAAAGAAGCUGUUGCUGCAUUUUUAAGUGUUUCAGUGAGGUGUUGUUAAAGUGAAAAGGCUUUCAAAGUAGCAGUUGUCUCAAAUUUUCAGACAACUUGUGAGUUCUAAGUGACACUCAUAAUAGCUAUUACUGACAGAUAUUGACAGGAAAAAUACUUUUUCGUCAUUUUCUUUGUCUUAUGUAUUGGUAGAUUGCUGUGCAAUAUUUUCUGCCUCAGAUCUUCUCCUGUAUUUUAAGAACACUUUAGAAACAGUGAAAGGAAGAAAAAAGUUUAAAAGUUAAAACAAAAACAAAAAAAAACCUCCCCAGCAAUUUUAAAAGGACCUUUGUUAAAGGAGGAUCGCUAGAAAACUUCUUAUUUUUAGGGCUUGCUCUUUUUUUAUUGCCAGUAUUUUCAUAAUUAUACUAUUUUUAGGAAUUUACUUUUUUCUGCAGUAUCAGAUCUUUAAAUGUGAAUUUAUUUGGAAAUCCUACAGCUGUAAAAUAUCUUUACAGUGCUUUGCUACAGCCUUAAAGACUUUGAGGCCAGUUUUUUAACUGUUAGCACCAACCUGGCAGGAUGUGACAGGACUUAGAGAAGUGUUCAUGUGAGCAGAGUAUGGAAUUGUUUAACUUUUUCAGAAAUAUACUAGCUGUAUGAAGUAGCCUUGGCAGAGAAGGUAUAUGCACUGCUGUAAGUUAGGGCUUCUCUAAGAAUAAAUGCCUGGGGGUUUUUUGUUGGUUUUUUGUUCUCGUUUUUUCUGCCUUAUUAGCUUGCUUCAGUGAGCUGUUACUUCUGACUAAGGUCUUUUAAUGUCUGCAGGUGUGUCAUGCAGAAAAAAAUAUGUAAAGGCCACAAGCGCUGCUUGUUUUGAAACAUAAUUUAUCCACUGAUCUGCGGUGUAGGAAAGGGCAUCAUGGUUCUGUGCGGAACAUGGUACUGACCUGUUAGAGAGAUGGUCAGCAGUCAGCCUGUCCCCAUAGCAGACUGUGGGAAAAAGAAAAAGAAAAAAAGAACCAGAGCUACAGAUCAUGUCCCUGGAAAGUUUGAAGACUUGUACAAGCUGACUGCUGAGCUCCUUGGUGAGGGAGCAUAUGCCAAAGUUCAAGGUGCUAUCAGCCUCCAAACUGGGAAAGAAUAUGCAGUAAAAAUCAUUGAAAAAAAUGCCGGGCACAGUCGGAGUCGGGUUUUUCGGGAAAUAGAAACACUGUACCAGUGUCAGGGUAACAAGAACAUUUUGGAGUUAAUAGAAUUUUUUGAAGAUGACACAAGAUACUACCUUGUCUUUGAGAAGCUACGAGGAGGUUCAAUCCUGGCCCAUAUACAAAAGCGGAAGCAAUUUAAUGAACGAGAAGCAAGCAAAGUCGUGAGAGAUAUUGCCUCUGCUCUGGAUUUUCUUCAUACAAAAGGUAUCGCUCACAGAGACCUGAAGCCUGAAAACAUCCUGUGUGAAUCUCCAGAAAAGGUAUCGCCAGUGAAAAUAUGUGACUUUGAUCUUGGUAGUGGGGUGAAGCUGAACAGUGCGUGUACUCCAAUAACUACUCCAGAAUUAACUACGCCGUGUGGGUCUGCAGAAUACAUGGCACCCGAAGUGGUUGAAGUCUUCACAGAGGAGGCCACGUUCUAUGAUAAGCGCUGUGAUCUUUGGAGCCUGGGAGUGAUUCUGUACAUCAUGCUCAGUGGUUACCCCCCUUUUGUGGGCAACUGUGGUGCGGACUGCGGCUGGGACAGAGGAGAAGUCUGCAGAGUUUGCCAGAACAAGCUCUUUGAGAGCAUUCAGGAAGGCAAAUACGAGUUUCCUGACAAGGACUGGUCACACAUAUCCUCUGAUGCCAAAGAUCUCAUCUCAAAGUUGCUGGUUCGUGAUGCCAAAGAGCGACUUAGUGCUGCUCAGGUGUUGCAACACUCAUGGGUUCAAGGACAGGCUCCUGAAAGGGGAUUACCUACACCACAAGUUCUUCAAAGGAACAGCAGCACAAAAGACCUGACACUCUUUGCUGCUGAAGCUAUAGCCCUUAACCGCCAGUUGUCUCAGCAUGAGAAUGAGCUCAACGCAGAGCAGGAGAACAUUGUCCAUGCUGUGUGUUCUAUGAAGCUUUCUCCUCCAUCCAAGUCACACCUCGCCAAGCGCAGAGCAAUGACGCAGGCCACCAAAAACGGUGACUUCCAGCCAGUUCCCCAUAAAGCCUUUUAAACCUCUUUCAUGCUAUGGAUUGGCAAGAUCAGCCUGUUUUCUUGUUUGGAUUUGCAGCACCAAUUGAAGCGUCUCUGCUUCUGACUCUUGAUUAGAAGCUUGCUCUUAGGAAAUGUCUCAUAACUUUACGGGGAUAACUUUUUAUGGGAAUGUUUUUUGCCUGUCAAAUUUGGUGCAUUAAGAUAAUUUAACUGAUCUUUUUAAACUAGAGAAGAUGUGUUUGCUGCUGAGUUAUCUGAGGUGGUAAAUCACUAAGCUUUCCUUAUUUUCUUCUUAAAAGAGCACACUUUAAACUGCCAACUGGAAAACAUUGGAAAAAAUGCUUUUCUUGCUUUGCCUGGCAAAGUGUCAAGGCCCCCUACCUAUGACUGCUCUCCUUGAUGGUAAAUCUUGCAAGGUGCUGCUGCUAGUGUCAGCAGCAGGGACUGUUUCCAACCAGCAGUGCCCUUUUCUUUCUGUGGACUCAGGAAACGGUGAUGAUGACUGGGUGGAUCUCUGUCGCCAUUACCUUUGUUGGGCUUAAAUUGUAUGUGGAUGAUAUUGUAAAGGUGUAAGCGUUUGUCAGGCUUGUAGAGAUGGAGGCGACUGGGUUGCCUUCCCCUCCUCCUCGCCCCCGGUGAUUUGUAUGUCAGCAUGUAGGACAAAAGCUGGAGGAAGAUAUUAUUUCUUUGUUUGACGUGUUUUUGUUCUCUGAACUAGAACGUGCUCCAUAUCAUCUCAGUUUUUUUGUUCUUUUACAGUUACGUUCUUAAAUCUGAUACCACAGCGUAACAGACGAGUUUGUUUAGCAUCUGUUUUUUUUCCUUAUUAACGCUAUGCUCCGUUAUACCUUCCUACCUUGAAACUCGUAUCGCUCAAGUUCUUCUUUAUGCGUUAUCUGGAGUUCUUAAUGUGAGUGGACAGGCUUCAGUGAAUUUUGGUGUGUGAAUAAUUUAGGAUUUCCAAAUGCAAAGGUACAUUUGUGAAUAAAUAGUGCUGCAGUUGUGAUAUUCUGCCUCCUGCAGUGAUCAGGCCAGAUAGCUAGAAUUCAGAUUCCAGUUUUAGUACUGUGGUGCGCUAGAGGUAAUGAGUAAUUUUAAGAGGUGCUGGCUGAAUGGCUGAAGAUUUUGGAUGACCAGGGUGAAUUGUCUGUGCAAAAGGAUGUGGGUGUUGAGCACUUUCUGAAAUGUAAGCUGUGAAAAUUGGGCCACUGAGCUGCCCAACAUGAUGCACCUUAAACUUGCCACCAAUUUCUGAAGACCUUUGCUGGGACAUAGUGUGCAAGGUGGGGAGGGGGAGGAGGCUUUCAAGCGCCAGUACAAACCCUCCCAAGCAGCAUGAGAAGGAGUAAAGUAGCUAUCCAACAAGCAGUUGGAAUUUGAGCAGUCAAAGCCAAAUGUCUUUGCAUGGCCUAUUCGGAGUGGUUUUACAGUGUCUUUUAGUAGUGUGCAUAUGAAUAUUUUUAUACAACAUGCUGUAUUUUUGAUUAAUAUUAAAGUUCUUAUUUAAAGUAUUUUAUACAUUGUGCCAGUGGACAGAUUAUGAAAUGUAUUUGCCUUUGUUUUUAU